AUGAUAAUCGAAACCGGAAGCAAAGAAACGGUGAAGAUGGGUGUGGUGAAUAGAUCAAACGCCGAUUCAAGGGCCAAGGAAAAAGUGACUUUGCCCAAAGCUUUCGCAAAGAUUGAUCCUUUCGAUCUUGCGCGUAACCUGAACGAUUUGAUUCCUUCAUCGGUGGAAGAACUUAUCUCCAAAUUAGUAGUGUACUUUGGGAGACCACUCUCCCGAGUAACUUUGGAAUAUAAAUAUCCAUGGUCCGAGAUGAAGUAUCUGGAGCUCAUCGAUUUUCCGUUUUGUCAUAUUCCUGACGAAAUCUACAACAUAUCAGCCGAUUGGAUCGAGAAAGUUGAAGAUAAGACACUCUGUAACUUUGUAAUCUGGUCGUUUGAAUGGACUCGCAAUCGUUUGGCAGGAGAAACUACUACUGAUCUUCACCCUGAACUUGGAGUAUUCGCUGCAUUAUCAAUGAUUUUGCUGACCAGACCUCGUGUAUUGUCUCCUAUAUUGCCCCUUCUGAGGCCGCCGAAAUAUCAUAUAGAGAAGUCACCGGAAAUGAUUCCGUUUAUAGUGUGGAUGACGGCUCAGGUCGCCCAAGUUGAUAUAUGUACAGGCUUGCAUUCAUGGGCGUGUAACUUGUUACCGCUAGUUCGUGACAAGUUCCAAUGCGACCCUCGGUCAAUGAAUCUCAUCAUGCACUUGAUGGAGAAGGUUUUGUCGCAUCCAUUGUCUCGGGGCAUGUUGUUAAGAAAUGCUGCUAGGCCUGGGAAACCGCGACUGUUUCCAGUUACUUCAUUUGAGAUCUUGCUACCGCUAACAUUCCGUGCUUCAUUCGAGAAAGUAAAUGAGGAUACGGAGCGGUUUGAGAAAGUUUAUCCCUUGUUGAAGGAAGUGGCUCUUUCCGAUGCACCAGGAAUUGAGGAAAUGAAAAAAGUCACUCAGCAUAUAUUCGCUUUUUCUUUCAAAUUUGCUGGGGGAGGAAACGCUGUUUUAGCCAAGGAAGCUACAUCAAUCGCUAUUUGGUGUCUGACCAAGAACGUUGAUUGCUGCAAUCACUGGGACAAAGUCUACAUGGAUAAUCUGGAAGCUAGUGUUGCUCUUCUUGAAAACCUUGCAGACGAAUGGAAGGAUCAUUCCCCUAAACUAUCAUCAUCACCCAGAGACAUUCGCAUUCUCAAUCUAACUAUGAAGAACUUUGUGCUAAAGAACGAAAGAGGCCUCGCUGGAGGAGGAGGAGGAGGAGCCGGUACUUUUCUUUACGAAGAAGCUGACAAGUACUGCAGAGAGAUUUCGAGGAGACUAUCAUCCAGUGGAAUUGGCUUCCUCAAAGGUUGUGGAGCCAUGAUUCUAGACUUUCUAGUUGCUGUAGUAGCCGCUGCUGCUGAUUGGACGAAUACGUCAAUGCACCUGUGGUAA